CCUUUCUUCUUCAGAGAAUAUGGCCGACAUUUUGAUACUGCUGUCAUGAAGAUAUCCCAGUGACAAAUUUUAACUUUGUAGUUCUUCAUGCACGGUUUUAUGUUCCAGUUAAUAUUUUAUUUUUUGUAAUUUCAUAGACGAUUUUUAGUGUAAGCUUAAUUAUUGUAAAAUAUGGCAGCAGACCGCGAAAUAGCUGCUGAAGACAGCAUUAGAGUCGUAUGCCGAUUUCGGCCACUCAAUGACUCCGAAGAAAAAGCUGGUUCAAAAUUUAUUGUGAAAUUUCCUUCAGGACCUGACGAUAAUUGUAUUUCAAUAGGGGGUAAAGUAUAUCUGUUUGACAAAGUAUUUAAGCCCAAUGCAACACAAGAGAAAGUCUAUAAUGAAGCAGCAAAAAGCAUUGUAUCAGAUGUUCUUGCUGGAUACAAUGGUACCAUAUUUGCCUAUGGUCAGACCAGCUCUGGAAAAACACAUACAAUGGAGGGUGUCAUAGGAGACCCAGGUAAACAGGGUAUCAUUCCAAGGAUAGUCAAUGACAUAUUCAAUCAUAUUUAUGCAAUGGAAGAAAAUCUUGAAUUCCAUAUAAAAGUUUCAUAUUUUGAAAUCUAUAUGGACAAAAUCAGAGACUUAUUAGAUGUUUCAAAGGUAAACCUAAGUGUGCAUGAAGAUAAGAAUAGAGUUCCAUUUGUAAAAGGUGCUACUGAACGAUUUGUUUCAAGUCCAGAAGAAGUGUUUGAAGUUAUAGAGGAAGGCAAAUCUAAUAGACAUAUUGCUGUUACAAAUAUGAAUGAACAUUCAUCUAGAUCUCAUUCAGUGUUCCUGAUUAAUGUAAAACAAGAAAAUUUAGAAAAUCAAAAGAAAUUAUCAGGAAAACUAUAUCUUGUGGACUUGGCUGGUUCAGAAAAGGUGUCUAAAACUGGUGCCGAAGGUACGGUGCUCGAUGAAGCAAAGAAUAUUAAUAAGUCUCUGUCAGCCUUGGGUAAUGUCAUAUCGGCUCUAGCUGAUGGUAAUAAGUCCCACAUUCCCUACAGAGAUUCAAAACUGACACGUAUCUUGCAAGAAUCUCUUGGUGGUAAUGCUCGUACAACCAUUGUCAUUUGUUGCUCUCCGGCAUCAUUCAACGAAAGUGAAACUAAAAGUACUCUGGACUUUGGUAAAAGGGCGAAAACUGUCAAGAAUGUUGUUUGUGUCAAUGAAGAACUCACAGCUGAAGAAUGGAAACGGCGCUAUGAAAGGGAGAAGGAGAAAGUGGGACGGCUUAAAGGAAAGGUUGAGAAACUGGAGGCUGAAAUCAGUAGAUGGAGAUCUGGUGAAACAGUGCGGCCUGAAGAGCAGGUCAACCUGGUUGAAAUUGAUGCUGCAACGCCAGUUACAUCCUUCAUUGAAGAGAAACCUCCUGUGCCACCUGUGCCAGUAGCUGUAGCCAGUGUUGUGGAAGAUGCAGCUAUGCAGGGCAAGCUUGAAGCACUGUAUCAACAACUGGAUGAUAAAGAUGAAGAAAUCAACCAGCACACACAGAUGAUUGAAAAGCUAAAGGAGCAAAUCAUGGAGCAAGAAGAGCUGAUCGCUUGCACAAGACGCGAUUACGAAACUCUGCAAGGAGACAUGAACCGAAGCCAACAAGAGAACGAGGCUUCCAAGGAAGAAGUGAAGGAGGUCCUUCAGGCCCUGGAAGAGCUGGCAGUGAACUACGACCAGAAGUCGCAAGAGGUAGACAGCAAGAGCCGCGAAUGUGAUCAGCUUUCGGAAGAGCUACAGGCAAAACAGAGUGCCCUCACAACCGCAACAGGUGAACUUCAGCAGCUACGCGACCUGUCUGCCCAUCAACGCAAACGCAUCGCCGAGCUUCUUACGAAUCUUCUACGAGACUUGUCGGAGAUCGGAGCUGCCGUGGGUGGUUCGGAGUUGGAUUUCAAGUUGAACGUGGAUACAGUCGGAAAGCUUGAAGAGGAGUUCACAGUUGCACGUCUCCAUAUUAGCAAGAUGAAGAGUGAAGUGAAGAAUAUUGUGCAACGAUGCCAUUCACUCGAAACGGCGAAUAUCGACGCCAAUCAGAAGAUUGAAGAGUACGAGCGAACACUUGGUGAGUGCCGACUGCUGAUAUCUCAGCACGAGGCAAGAUGCGCAUCUCUAGCUGAGUCUAUGCGGGAAGCAGAGAACAAGAAGAGACAGUUGGAGGAGGCUGCAGAUGCUUUGAGAGAAGAGUGUGCGCGUUUACAGGCGGCAGAGCGCGUCCAGCUGGCAGCGGCAGAACAACGCGCCGACACACAAGUCCGCGCUGCGCUGGAAGCUCAGUUGGAACAGCUGCGGGCUUCACACGCCUCGCAACUCGCAGCCCUUCGGGACGAGCUGGCUGCUUUGCAGAGACAGCACCAGGACCUCAAGGAUACCCACCAGGAGUUGAGCCUGGCCAGGCAGCAGCUCCAAGACGAUUACGACAAGCUGAAGCGCGAGGAGACGGACAAGUCCGCCAAACUCAAAGAGCUCAUUCAAAGCGUGGAACGUCGCGAACAAGCUCGCGCCGAUCUCAAGGGCUUGGAAGACACCGUGGCUAAGGAGUUGCAGACUUUGCACAACCUACGGAAACUAUUCGUUCAAGACUUGCAGGCAAGGAUAAAGAAAUCCACAAACUCAGAAGAAGGUGCGGAGGAAGAGGGAGGAUCCUUGGCUCAGAAACAGAAGAUCUCGUUCUUGGAGAACAACCUAGAACAACUCACCAAGGUGCACAAGCAGUUGGUGCGCGACAACGCCGACUUGCGCUGCGAAUUGCCCAAGCUGGAGAAGAGGCUCCGAGCCACCAUGGAGAGGGUCAAGGCGCUCGAGACCGCGCUCAAGGAGGCUAAAGAAGGCGCUAUGCGUGACCGUAAGAGAUACCAGUUCGAGGUGGACAGAAUCAAGGAAGCCGUACGUGCCAAGAACCUCGCGCGAAGGGGCGUGCAAGCACAAAUUGCCAAACCUAUCCGCGCUGGCGGCGGGCAUUUGCCCGGCGGAGGUGUGGUGCGGCCUGCGCCUGCGCAGGACAUUAAACGGAAGUCCAUCAUUGUUGGGGCUAGAGAUGAAAGUUGAAGAGGUAGCUGUUACAUCAUAGAGAAUCUUAAGUGAAAAUUCAUAGAUGUAUUUUUAAAUAACGCGGCAAAAUCGUUCUUGAAAAAAAAAACAAUUAUUCUACUAUUUAUCAAAAGCCUAAUGUAAGCUACACAGCAAAAAUAACAAUAUAGUAGUAACUAAGGCUUAACAUUUGAGCUAUUUAAUCCUAAUGUUAAGAAUGCACAUGUUUAGGGAGAUACGCUUCUGCAAGUUUUUCUGGCGAUUUCGACACAAUAUUCAACUUUCCAUUGGUUUUUUUAAACGAACGAGUAUUAUUUACUAUCUCCGAAUCUCCGAGGAAGUAAUGUUGCGGUCGGUCAGUACAAAUCGGUUUACCACGAAGCGACGGGCGCUUAAUAUUCUUUCCUUCGAGACUUAACCGCUAUGAAUUUCGCAGGCAUACGCUGCCGCACAAAGAAAAAAUAUAAAAGUAAAAAAAAUUGUCUGUCGUGGCAAGUGUGGUGGCAAAUGCAUACAGAUGCGUUCGCGUAGUUCUAGUGUAAGCUUCUUUAAUAUAUUUUUAUAUAUUGUGAUAAGCGUUAUGCCGACAUGUCAGCAUUUAUGAGUUAAUGGCGCCGGGUGAUAACGAAACGUGUACUACGCGCACGCGUAACGAGUUAGUUUCUUGCCCUCCCCUCCUCUAGUCAGAUAAUCAAAUCGAUUCAAACAUGAUGAACUAUAAAUGGACCGGUCUACGGUUGCGCGUAACACGAGGGCGUGUGUGCCUGGGCGACUUGCUGUGACGAGCAAGUUCUCGGCCUCGAGGUACUGUCUGCGCCGACGCACGAAUCCUUAGUGGGCGAUUUUUUUAUUCCCCAAGGGUAUACGAAAAUCACUUUCAACUAAAACCUUUCAAUUCCCAAAUAUGUUAUCACCCGGGUCCCUUAUUGCGUUUAACGUGGCUGAGCUGUGAUGGUUUGUAGUGUCGCGUUUCGAUGCUGAUUUCAAGUAUUCAAAAGCUUUUGUUUUAGUAGAAAUUGACAGGUCCACCCUAAUAUUGGCGAUAUCCUCUCGAUUCAGACUCGGUGUAGCCUGCGAUUCGGUUGACGUUCUCUAUUUGCUUUUAAUUAGCUUCGUAGAUCUGUAACUUAUGUAAGUACUUAUGAAAUAUGGCCGGGAGUUGUGGAACCGACCCUCGACUUGGUCAGUUAACCAAAGAUAAAUCACAAACUCAUCGAGAUUACCAACUGAAAUUACUUCGCGGUUCUGGAGCUCCUCAGCGUGUUGCAAUACAUUAUUUAGGUGUAAAGUAGUAAAUUAUUUCUUUACUUAGUUAUUUAUUACAUUCUCGUCUUUUUUACUUUUGAGAGACGCUUUUUACGUAUUUACAAUGUUUUUUUAAUCAUGAUCGCGUAUGUUCGCCGGCACUGUCAGCUCGGGAGGCGUAUGUCUGUUUCUUAAGUGAAUGUAUGUAAUGGAAGAGGCUUUCUCGGUUUCCGAUCGCCGAAGCAUUGACAGCUCAAAGGGCCGACCCCGACCCAGGCUUGCCUUUGCAACAAGUGAUUUAGUUUAAUCGACAUCUUUUGUAUGAUGUAUAUGAUAGGGAAAUUCUCAAGACGAGUGUUUUCUUUAUUAUGAAAAUAAAAAUAUGACUUUAAUUUGC